AUGGCCACCUGCAAACCACUCUUCCUAAUUCUUUUGAUUCAAUGCAUUUUAUUGGCUGAAUCUUGUGAUCAAGAUCAACACAACAUUUUUGAUGUCAUUAAUUUUGGAGCCAUUGGAGAUGGAGCUAACGAUGAUACAGAGGCCUUUAAGCAUGCUUGGGAUGCUGUUUGCGGAUCUUCAGUCUCUUCACCAACCUUCGUUGUACCUGGAGGAAAGACCUUUGUGCUGCAACCCUUGACUUUCAAUGGCCAAUGCAACUCAACUACCUUCACUUUCCAGAUUAAUGGCACUAUCAUUGCCCCAAGCAAUCCUUCUGAAUGGAAAUGCAAUGAUAAAAACUGUCACCAGUGGAUUACGUUUGAACAUUUUGAUGGCCUCUCCAUUCAAGGAUCUGGUACCAUCAAUGGCCAGGGAACAAACUGGUGGACUCUUUCUUGCGAAGAUAAUGAAGAGCUCUGUGACAAAAAAGCAACGGGCUUUGUUAUAGCACACUCCAACAACGUACAGAUUAGUGAGUUGACCUUUGAGGACAGUCCCAAAGUGCACAUCUCAUUAGAAAGGUCUACGUUGAUUAAUGCCACCAGACUCACAAUCCAAGCCCCAGGGGACAGCCCCAACACUGAUGGCAUUCACAUCCAGCACUCCACUAAUGUCUCCAUAGACCAAUCUCUCAUCCAGACUGGUGAUGAUUGUGUAUCAAUCGGAGACGGUUCAUCAUACAUCGAUAUUAGCAACAUCAACUGCGGUCCAGGCCAUGGGAUCAGCAUUGGAAGUCUUGGAAGGAAUGGACACAAUGAGAGCGUUGAAUUUGUUCAUGUAAGGGAUGUUUCUUUCAACAGAUCAACGAAUGGGGUUAGAAUAAAGACAUGGCAGGGAGGACAUGGACAUGUAAGAAACAUAACAUUUGAGCGUAUAACAUCUCAUGGUGCAAGACGCCCUAUCAUCAUCGACCAAUAUUAUUGUCCCCAUGAUCAUUGCAGCAAUGAAACCUCGGCGGUGGAGAUUGACAAUGUUGCUUACAGUCAAAUAGAAGGGACAACAGACAGAGAGACUGCAGUGCAGCUUGCAUGCAGUGAAUCAACUCCAUGCACGAACAUCUUCAUGAAAGACAUAAAUUUGCGAUAUGAAGAAGAUGAAGAGAAGACUUCAUCAUAUUGUUUGAAUGCUCAAGGGUUGAGAAAUGGAAGAGUUAGUCCCAAUGUAACUUGUUUACAACAAGAUGAUAAUUUCUAA